AUGAUCUCCACGGACGACCUGGAGUACCCGCGGGAGUACCGCACGCUGGGCAACGGCACGCGGCGCUUCUCCAACGUGGGCCUGGUGCACACGUCCGAGCACCGGCACACCGUCAUCGCCGCCCAGAGCCUGGAGGCCCUCACCAGCCUGCAGAAGGCCGACAUGGAGCGCAAGCGCGACGCCUUCAUGGACCACCUCAAAAACAAGUACCCGCCGCAGCACCCGCCCUCCCCCUCCCCAGGGACCGCGACCGCGAGCCGACAGCAACAGCCAAACUACUGGAGCUUUAAGACCCGUAGCCCGCGUCACUCCCAGUCUACGCAGUCGGGCCUGGCUGACCAGGCCGCCAAGCUCUCCUUCGCCUCGGCUGAAUCGCUGGAGACCAUGUCUGAGGCCGACGUCCCGCUCGGGUUCAACCGCAUGAACCGCUUCCGCCAGAGCCUGCCCCUGUCUCGGUCCGCUAGCCAGACCAAGCUACGCUCCCCAGGUGUGCUGUUCCUGCAGUUUGGGGAUGAGACGCGGCGUGUGCACAUCACCCACGAGCUGAGCGGUCUGGACACGCUGCACGCGCUCAUUGUGCACAUGUUCCCGCAGAAGCUCACCAUGGGCAUGCUCAAGUCCCCCAACACCGCCAUCCUCAUCAAGGACGAGGCGCGCAACGUCUUCUACGAGCUGGAGGACGUGCGCGACGUCCAGGACCGCAGCAUCAUCAAGAUCUACCGCAAGGAGCCAAUCUACGCCUCCUACCCCUCCGCCCACCUUGCCAACGGAGACCUGAGGAGGGAGAUGGUGUACUCCUCCCGCGACUCCUCCCCAACCCGGCGCCUCAACAGCCUGUCCUCCUCGGCCUCGCCCCCCUCGGGCUCCCCGUCCCGCUCACGCCUCUCCUACAGCGGGGGCCGGCCGCCGUCCUACGUGGGGCCCGGGCACCCGGGGCAGCAGGGGCCCCACCACCACCAGCCCCACCCGCACCCGCACCCGCACCACCCCCAGGGGGGCCACCCGGCGGGCGGGCUGUCCCCGUCGCCCAGCGCCAUCCUGGAGCGCCGCGACGUCAAGCCGGACGAGGAGGUGUCGGGGAAGAACAUGGUGGUGCUGAAGAACGAGGGGCUGUACGCCGACCCGUACGGGAUGCUGCACGAGGGCCGGCUCAGCAUCGCCUCCACGCAGUCGCUGGCCGCCAUCGCCGACCCCUUCUCCUUCCCCGCGCCCGGCGGGCUGUACCGCCGCGGCUCCGUCCGCUCCCUCAGCACCUAUUCCGCCGCCGCCCUGCAGGGGGAGCUGGAGGAGGCGCUGUAUAAGCCGGGCGGGCCCCUCUACACCGACUCCUACGCCUCCACCCUGGGCAUGGGCUUCCGCCUGCCCCCCUCCUCCCCGCAGAAGAUUCCGGACAUGCAGAUGCGGGACCGCGACUCCUACUCCGGGCCGCCCAGCCGGGCCUCGCCCGUCCGCCAGACCUUCCGCAAGGACUCCGGCUCCGUGUUCGUGGAGAGCCCCAAGUCCCGCCCCGGGUCCGGCUCCGAGCCGCUCGGGGGGGCCCCGGUGGGGGACGGCGGGAGGGGGCCCGGGUACGGCUCCCCGCUGGCUGGCAACGAGACGGAGACACGAGAUCGGAUGGAGGCCAUGGAGAAGCAGAUAGCCAGUCUGACGGGGCUUGUACAGAGCGUGCUCACGCGCGGCCCUGACAGCGACAGCACAGAGAAGACAGAGUCCACCAGCGAUUGCUCUGCUACAGGAACUGUCUCGUUUUCUGAUUGGACAGCUCUGACUCCCUCCGCCCCCCUGGCCCUGAUGCCGCCGCCCCCUCCCGCUGGGGAGCCCCAGGGCGACAGCGUGACACAGCUGCAGAUGCAGCUCCACCUGCACGACCUGCAGCAGAACGCCUCCGAGCUGCGCAGCCAGCUGUCCCAGCUGCGCAAACUGCAGCUCCAGAACCAGGACUCUGUGCGGACGUUGCUGAAGCGCACGGAGACGGAGAUCAGCGUGCGCGUGACGGACGCCCUGCGGAAGCAGGAGGACCCCCUGCAGAGGCAGCGCCUCCUUGUGGAGGAGGAGAGGCUGAAGUACCUGAACGAGGAGGAGCUCAUCAUCCAGCAGCUGCAUGACCUGGAGAAGUCGGUUGAGGAGAUUCAGAAGGACUCCUCCGUGAACCACAAGCACGUGUCUGUCCAGGAGCUGGAGGAGAAGGCCGUGGUGCUGAGGAAGCUUGGAGAGACACUUACCGAACUCAAGAACCAGUUCCCCAGCCUACAGAGUAAGAUGCGGGUGGUGCUGAGGGUGGAGGUGGAGGCGGUGAAGUUCCUGAAGGAGGAGCCCCAUCGGCUGGACGCCCUGCUGAAGCGCUGCAAGUCCAUCACUGAAACACUGGCCACGCUGCGCAGGCAGGUGAAUGAGGGCUCCAUAUGGAAGAGGCAUGAGGAGUUCUCCAGCCCGUCCCACAAGCAGAGCGAGGACGUGGGGAAGAGCGCGGCAGAUUUAGACGUUCCCACCAGCCCUCCCCUCAGCCUGAGCGACAUCGGGGACGGCUCCAGCCUGAGCAACUGGACCCCCCACACCGGGUCCGGCAGCCAGGCCACACCCCACCGCGACCGGGACUCCUACCCCCCUGUCCCAGCCAAGAGUCGCGCCCUGGAGGAGCUGUCUGCCCGCCGUGGCCCAGACAAGUCCGUGUCUGUGGAGGUCAGACUGGCUGCAGAGAGGGACUGGGAGGAGAAGAGGGCCAGUCUGACUCAGUACAGCACACAGGACAUUAACCGUCUGCUGGAGGAGACACAGGCGGAGCUCAUGAAGGCCAUCCCAGACUUGGACUUCGCCGCCAAACAGAUCAAACCCCCGGUGCCCGCACCCCCGGCCCCCCCCGCCCUCCACACCCCCACACACACCCCCGACCACCGCCCCAACAAGCCCCAGUCCUCCCAUCUCCACAAACUGCCCAGCAAAGACGGGGGGUCGCGCCGGGGCUCCGAUGAGCUGACAGUGGCUCGAUAUCGUACAGAGAAGCCCUCCAAGUCGCCCCCUCCCCCACCUCCCCGCCGGAGUUUCCCAUCAUCCCCUGGGCUCACCUGCCGCAGCGGUGAGGUCAUCGGGCCCGGCAAGAGCAUGAAGGUGAGAGACCGAGAGGAGAAUGGGCAAUCAGAAUCAGAGGAAACAGAGACGGCGAAGCCGCACGUUAAACUUCGGAGGACGGUGUCCGAGGCGCCCCGGCCUGCCUCCACGCCCCCCGUCAUCGCCUCGGGAGGGAAGGACGAGGAAGAGGAGGAGCAGAAGAAUGUCCCGGAGACUGGCUCCGCCCCUGCCGUUCCCGCUAAGCCGCUGCACUCCACCGCCGCCUCCCGGCUCAAGCACCUUCAGCAGAGCAGCCCCGAGAAGAGCAAGACGGGCAAGCUGCGCGACGACUUCCUCAAAAACCAGGGCCCGCAGCAGUGAACGGUUUGUCUCCUCCCAGCACCAACGAACUACAGAACUGCCCCGCCCCGCCCCGCCCCGCCCCCACAACCACGCAGGCC